AUGGUGGAUGAUUCAUCGACGGACGAGAUCUGUUCGUGGAGUGCCAACAAGAACAGCUUCGUCGUCUGGAAUCCUCCGGAAUUCGCUCGCCUCCUCCUUCCGACCUACUUCAAGCACAACAAUUUCUCAUCCUUCAUUCGUCAGCUCAAUACCUAUGGAUUCCGAAAGAUUGAUCCUGAGAGGUGGGAGUUUGCUAAUGAAGGUUUUGCGAAGGAACAGAAGCAUCUUCUGAAGAAUAUACACCGAAGAAAACCUAUUCACAGCCAUAGUCACCCACCCACUCCCACAUUAGACCAAGAAAGAGCAGCGCUAGAAGAAGAAAUAGAUAAUCUGUCGCGUGAAAAAGCUGCCAUCGAAGAAAAGCUUUUGAAUUCAAAACAGAAGAAAUCCACCGCAAAGCUUCAGUUGGAAGAGCUGACACAUCAGGUGGAUGAUAUGGAGAAGAGGCAGGAGAAUUUAAUUAGUGUCUUGGAAAAGGCUGUCCGAGAUCCCGUAUUUGUUGAAAAAUUUGCCCGUAGAGUCGAGCAAUUGGAUAUCUCAGCUUACAACAAAAGGCGAAAACUCCCUCAAGCCGAGCAGUCAAAGCCACCGUCAGAAACUUCUCAUUUGGAUAAUAGCAGUAGUAGCUCGAGACCCGAGCUUGGGAGUAUCUUCCACCAAAGUUUCUCAAAUAAACUGCGAUUAGAGCUCUCUCCUGCUGUUUCAGAUAUGAACUUGGUAUCACAUAGUAUACAAAGUUCCAACGAAGAUGGAGGGAAUCCCAAGGGGAGACUCUCAGGAGGAGAUCCAAAAGGUGCUCAAACAAGAACAGAAGGCCUAUUGUUUACCCCUGAAGCACCUGAGCUGGCGGACACUGGGUCAUGCCCAAGAGGACUACUGUUAAAUUACAACGCGAGAGCAGAAGCCUUGCCACAGAGGUUAACUUCUUCGGAGGAAACUGAUGGUAACUUUUCAUGCCAUUUAAACCUAACCCUGGCAUCUGCUCCAUUACCUGCGAAGACAGCCCCACAGCUAGCUAAGACAACUCAGAAAAGUCAGGAUGUUGGAAGAUAUCCCGAAUUUAACUUCAACUCAAGAGAAUCAAAUGCGAGCGAGAAGAAAAUUAGUGCACAGGAGGCAGCAGCUGGUAACCAAGCAACUGUUGCAGCCCCUCCGGCUAGAGUAAAUGAUGUAUUCUGGGAGCAAUUCCUAACAGAAAGGCCAGGCUCUUCAGAUAAUGAAGAAGCAAGUUCCACAUAUCGGGCAAACCCAUACGAAGAUCAAGACGAAAGUAGAACAGGGCAUAUGAUAUCUCGAAAUACGAGGAGUAACGAGCAUCUCAGCCUAUAAGAAUCCAAAAGGAUGUACAUACACAUCAGCCAACAAGCUUCUCAAGGUCUUGUCCUUACCCCUAUCCUUUCACUGCUUUUUUCAGUCUUGCUUGAUGGCAUCAUGCUCAUUUUCUUCAUACUGAUUUAAAAUGAUUCUUCGGAGCAAUCUGGUUUGAUCUACCUCCUGUUUGCUCCUUUUUUAGUUAGCCACAGUUUUAGAAUUCUUCAUCCUGGCCCCAACCACAGGUAUCAUAUCUUUACUCUGUGUAUCAUAUCUGUCGAAUAAUUGUCUGUUUUCUCCGAUGUGAACUAUACGUAUAAUCGGGUAAUUACCAUUCAUAUGGGUCAUUGUAUGAAACGCGGAACGCGAUGAAUAGAGCCAAUGAAAUGUCGGGUAGGAACCAGCAGAUAGGGAGGGCUUCCUCAUAAUCUAGAGUAAGUUGUAUUUCCUCUCCCUUCUUCAUACAUGUAAUUGGUGUAGAGGUGAUUAUGGUAGGGUCUAAAGUUAUCUUUUUUUGCAUACAAUUUGUAUGAAUAAGCAGCUUUUAUUUCUUCAACAUGCAAUCAUGGUCA